AUGGUGGAGUGCGUCGUCAUCGGAGCCGGCCUCGCAGGCCUGCAGGCGGCUCGACGCCUGAAGGAUUGCGGUGUCAGUGUCGUCGUCGUCGAAGCUGGCGACCAUCUCGGUGGCAGGGUAUCUCAGCUCGAGGGCCUCGCACCGUGGCCCUUACAGCUCGGACCCGAGUUCAUCCACGGUGAGGAGUGCAACGUGCUCAAGGACUUCAUCGACGCGCAGGGGUGGGAGAUGCGAGAGUAUGAGUGGCCCGACCGAUAUUUUUUCGGCAAGGGUGUCGGGGAAAGAAGGUUGAUGGUCGCGGAGGAUGCGGACGAGAACGACCCAGACGUGCGCGAGGUGCACAGACUCUUCGCCGAGCUGCCUGGCGUGCCCAUCGACCGAGACGUCACCGCGCUCGAAUGGCUGAGAGACAUCGUGCAGUGCUCGGAUAAAGUGUUGGCGCUCGCGGAAAGCAUCUACGCCAACGACUUCGGCACGUCACUCGCGCUGAUGGGAAUGCAGGAGGCGGUCGUUGAGCAGCGGGGUUGGAACUACGGGGAAAAGUAUCUGGUGCUGGAUCGAUCCCUCCAUCGCGUCGCCGAGGCGCUCGCGAAGGGGAUUGACGUCAGGCUCGGAUGGAAAGUAUCCGAGAUCAUCCGUCCACCAGACGGUGCCCCAGGACCGGUGACGAUCAGGAGAAGCACGGGUGAAACCAUGGUCGCGUCGCGGUGCGUCGUGGUCGCCGCGCCCAUCACGGCGCUCAAGCCCAACAACCCGGGAUCGAUUGCGUUUACGCCGCCGCUUCCGAUGGUGAAGACCAAGGCCAUCGACAGGGUGAAGGUGUCCAACUCGGUCAAGGUGUUCCUCGCGUUUGAAUCCUCGUUCUGGCCGGAAGGGCUGUUCGACGUGGUGUGCGCGGGAUGUUUUCUGCCCGAGAUGUGGAUCCUCAAGUACCCGUCAACGGAAAACGUCGGGCGAGGCGGCGGCGCGAGGAUGGCGAGCGACCAGGGGGUGGACCCCUCGGUCCCGGCGAGGACCAAGGAAGUCGUGACGUUCUUCGCCGCGGGUAACCUGGCAGACGAGCUGUCGAGGAUGGAGCGGAAGACGGUGGUGGAACGGGCGUUGGAUCAGAUGGACGAAAUGUUCGGCUCCGAUGCGAACCCGAGGCCGAGUCGAUCAAGAUUGACUGGAUCCUACGUUGCCGAUUGGAAAAAUGAGGAGCUCGUGGGAGGUGCUUACACUUAUCCCACGCUGCAUGCCUUUGGUAGCAGGGAGGUCGUGGCCGCGCCCGACGGUGAAAGCGUAUUCUUUGCGGGGGAGGCGACGCAUCCGGGAGUCAAUCCGUGCAUGCAGGGCGCGAUGGAGACGGGCUUGAGAGCGGCUGCACAGGUGCUCAGCGCGGUGCGACCGCCAAAGAGCAGCCUGUGA